AUGCCAAAGGUCGCUAUUAUCAUUUACACUUUAUACGGACACACUGCCAAGCUUGCUGAGGCUGAAAAGAGAGGUGUCGAAGCUGCUGGUGGUUCAGCUGAUAUUUAUCAAGUUGCUGAAACUUUAACUCCAGAAGUUGUCAAGGCUUUAGGUGGUGCUCCAAAACCAGACUACCCAAUUGCUACUGCUGAAACAUUGACUGAAUACGACGCCUUCUUAUUCGGUAUCCCAACCAGAUUCGGUAACUUCCCAGCUCAAUGGAAGGCCUUCUGGGACAGAACUGGUGGUCUAUGGGCCAAGGGUUCUUUACAUGGUAAAGUUGCUGGUUGUUUCGUCUCUACUGGUACCGGUGGUGGUAACGAAGCUACCAUUAUGAACUCCUUAUCCACUUUGGCACAUCACGGUAUCAUCUAUGUCCCAUUAGGUUACAAGAACGUUUUCCCACAAUUAACUAGCUUGGAAGAAGUUCACGGUGGUUCUCCAUGGGGUGCUGGUACUAUUGCUGGUGCAGACGGUUCAAGAUCUCCAAGUGAAUUAGAAUUACAAGUUCACGAAAUCCAAGGUAAGACCUUUUACGAAACUGUUCAAAGAUUCUAA